UUGCUGCUGUCACAGUUGCUCCUGGAUUCUACACAGUGCGGAUCUCUUCUUCACACUGCAAACAUGGAUCUCAAAGUGAUCGUAGUAGUCGCUCUGAUGGCGGUCGUCAUUCAUGCACCGAUUUCCAACGCCAAGCCCAUCAGCCUGGUAGAGAGAUGCUGGUGCCGCUCCACAGUCAACACAGUCCCACAGAGAAGCAUUCGCGAGCUCAAGUUCCUCCACACACCCAACUGCCCCUUCCAAGUCAUUGCCAAACUGAAGAACAACAAGGAGGUGUGCAUUAACCCUGAGACCAAAUGGCUUCAGCAGUACCUGAAGAAUGCCAUCAAUAAAAUGAAAAAAGCCCAACAGCAGCAGGUCUAAGAUGUCUGCCAGAUGACAAGGAAAUCUGACAGCCCACCGUCACAGAUAUGUACCAUAUAGUCCUCUGGCAUGCUUGCUGACCCAGCACUUAACCUGCCAAAUAUGCGUCCCAGAAAACGAAAAGACCACCAGAAACCAUCGCCACCCAUGUAGUCUUCUCUGUUAGCGCCAAGUGCAAUUAUAUAUGUAUGACUGUGUUCUUCUUUUAUUUUUUACGUAUGAUAUGUAUAUACAAUGUUUUUUAUAUCGUCUCAAAAUCAGUAAAGAGAUAUUUUUGGA